AAAUGAACUAAUGCGUCACUACCGCUUACCUUUGUAGAAAGCGCGCGCUUGAAAAUGUGGUUUUAUUGUUGACCAGUACAUAAAACCCCCUUCCCAUAGGGUAUGGCAGAGAUUGACUUCUUGUCUGCUGAACUCGAUAAUGAUGAAGAAUCCAGAGAUGAUGAAGCAGACAGUAUCAACUCAGUCAUUUCGGUAAAAAGCAACUUCAAACCUGAAGAUCAAAUGUCCAAGGACAUAAAGUGUUCAGAUGUUCAGGCGGAGACAAGCAUUCAGGAAACUGUUGAGAUCUGUCAGAAGACUGUCAAUCCCAACAACCGCGUAAAUGCUGAAAAUUUUAACAUACAACGUGUAAUUGGCAGAGGAGGCUACGGAAAGGUUUUUCUAGUUCAGAAAGUCGGUGGUGUCGAUCAGGGGAAAUUAUAUGCCAUGAAGGUGUUAAAAAAGGCUAGGUUGGUGUGCAACGAGAAGGAUAAGGCGCACACAGUCUCUGAAAGAAACAUACUCGAAAUGUUGCAGCAUCCCUUUCUGGUGAAACUUCAUUAUGCAUUUCAAAACCACUCAAAUCUAUAUAUUGUGCUUGAAUAUUGCCACGGAGGAGAACUUUUUAACUAUUUGGAACGUGAAGGAGCUUUGCUGGAGAAUGCUGCAUGUUUUUAUGCUUCCGAAAUCGUCUUGGCCAUCGGACACUUACAUUCUUUAGGUAUAAUCUAUAGGGAUUUAAAGUCUGAAAACGUGUUAUUGGAUCGCCAAGGCCAUGUAAAGCUAACUGACUUCGGCCUGUCUAAAGAAGGUGUCUGUACCACUAACACGUUUUGUGGAACAAUAGAGUACAUGGCUCCUGAGAUAAUCCGAUGUGAAGGUCAUGGAAAAGCAGUGGAUUGGUGGAGCCUUGGGACUCUUAUUUAUGAUAUGUUAUCAGGAGCGCCCCCAUUUAGCCAAGAAGAAAGUCGUGAAGCUACCACUCGUAAAAUUCUCACAGCUCCUCUGAGGUUUCCUCCGUCUUUCUCAUCAGAGGUUAUCAGUCUAAUACGUGGUUUGCUGAAACGUGACCCAAAAGAAAGGCUAGGAAGCAAGGAAGAUAUGGAGGAAAUAAAAAGACACAAAUUUUUCAAAAGACACGAAAUCAAUUGGUCUGAUGUUUAUCACCGUCGUUUAAAGCCACCUUUCCGUCCAAAGCUCACCGCUGAAAAUGAUGUUUCUAUGUUCGACCCAUCGUUUACCCGUUUGCAGCCCGUCGUUAGCCCGGUUGAUGGGGUUGCAUCCAUUCCUCCUGAUAUGUUUCAGGGUUUCUCGUAUGUGGCCCCCAGUGUUUGUGAGGAUAGUUUGCGUGAUACAUGGAAUGAUAAUUUAUCAAGUCGUCAUCGAAGAAACUAUGGAUUACGCGGUGCUAUGUCUGCUGGUCGUUUGAGACGUAUUGGAUUCGGUCAUAUGAAUGCACCUAAUCGAAUCCCUGAAGAUAUAGCUGUACACAAUGUUCCAUUGAAAAUUGAACCUGAACUUCAGGAAGAGUUUCAUGGUUUUAAUGCAGACUAUAGGCGUAAACCUGCACCAUAUCAGCACAACUAUAUAUUGUCUCAAGGAGACACCUCUUGCUGUUCUGAUCAACAACGCUUAAAUAAUACUGACCAAUCAUCUAUCAAAGCCUCAGAAAAGCCGAAUCAAGUUGUUAAACGUAGUGAAACUUCAGACGGUGAUAUUGUUGAAGAUGACGAUGAUGAUGACGAGGUUGUCGAGGAGGAAGAAGAUAAUGUCCCGGGUGCAAAGCAAAUACAGUCGGCUACUGAUUCUAGAUAUCUGCCUCUGUGUAAGUAUGAACCGAAGACCAAUGGUGCAAUGACUAGUACUAACAGCAAUAAUCCCCCCGUUCCCAAACCAUCUGAUAAUAAGCAUCCUGCAAAGUAUGCGCCUCUCAGUGGUUCAUUACAAUGCCAUAAAGAACUGCACACAAAUCCAAAAGUAACAAACUCACGUGCAAUGUAUGGUGGUCAAACUAAUAAGUGUGUACAUGCACCACCUCAUCUCUCUGGACUACAAACUGGACCACGAAUCACUUCACCGAUACAACGUCGUGGUCUGGUGUGUGCAACAAUGCACUCAGCUGUACCAGCAACCACUGCUAAUAGUAUGGUAGCUACAAAUGCUUCAUCAAAUGCUAAAUGCAGUGUUAUGUGAUGAUUCUGAGGAAGAUGUUUUUUACAAGUCAAGUCAGUAGCCUAUGCUCAAUUAUAAUACUGUGAUUUCUGUGUAAUAUAUUUCAUUCAGCUAAACCUAAUUUGUAUUGUUUGCGGAUAAACUCUGACAAACAAUGAUAUAUACGUCUGUCAAACGAGAGUACUUCAUUGGUUAAUUUAUAUUUUCGUGUGUAGUUACUUGGAAGGAUGAAAGGUCAUCCCCUUGUUCACUUGUUAAUUCAUCUUAUUCACAUUUUUCUUCACUUUAUAUUUAUGCAUUCUUCUAAGAAAUAACUUACAAUAGUAUUCUAUUUGAGGAUAUAAUUUUUAUAAAAUAUAUGAAAAUAAUUACCUUUAUUGUGUUUAUUUCUUCCAAAAAUGAACACACACACACACACACACCUUAGAUGCAGACAUACACAGAUUAUACGAGUUAAAUACAUUUGUACAUAACCUUGACGAUUUUCUCUGUCUUCUUUCUUAUCACUGGCGCGUUGUCAUUGUUCCUUUAUGUUGUGUACAUUUAAGAGGAGUUUCCUCAGUUCUACUGGUUUGCUCACUAAUUUUUUUGGGAACAAACAUCGGUAGUCUUCAUUGUAUUCACCGAUACAUUGAAGAAUAUUCACUCGUGAUCUGUUCUGUUGAUAAAUUAUUUGUAACAUUUUCUACACUUAUAGACAUUGUGUAUGUGUGUGUGGUGCUACAAGUUUUACAAAUAUUUCCUCCAGCCCAACAGCCUCUGCCUCUUUGUUUAUCUCACUUAUAAGACUGUAGUAAAUGAGGCAAGAAUAGAAAAGAAGUUUUUAGUUGCCGACUGUAUACAAGAUACCACUUUUGUUGAUUCACUCAACUCACCUACUUCAUUUCCCCUCUUCUCCCUGUGUAAUUUGUAUGUACUACUACUACCAUUACAGGGAAAUAAAUACUCGUGUAUAAAAUAGGUGUGUUCCCUGUCUUUGGUCAAUCUAUGCUAUACCCGACACUUUUUCGCAUUUCUUUGAGGUAUAACUGUGGCAUGUAGAUUGAAGUAGCGUUGUGUGGUGUAUGCUUAAAUUUUGAUGUAUUAACUAGACAGUAAUUGUUAGUCUGAGUAGUGUAUGGAGGUGUCCGAGACUAUGGGAAUCAGUGGUUGAAGACUCUUCAUGAUAUGGCUGAGAAUCGGUCACAGUAACGCAGAUACGUUCACUCCUUAAUGUCUUCCGAAGCAUGAAUGUUCUGACUAACCUUCAUUUUAAAAUACCUUCUCCUAUACAUCUCUGCCUACUUGUUCUUUGAAUGCAUUUCUGUGCGGGGUUCUACGUUGAUUUUGUCUGUUCAUCUUGAUUUCAUUAUCCAUUUUAAAAGACAUUUCCUACUUAUGUUAUACAUUCUUUAUCCUACUGAAAACCACUGUCCUCUUCUUAGAUUUCUGAUCGACCAGUCAAUCAGAGAUUCACAUUGCAGGUGUAUACCCAUCUGUCUACUGAUUCUUGCGAAAUAUUUGUUUUUGAAAGUUAUGCUGCAUAAUGUGCAAGAAAGAAAAUGUAAGUCCUUAUUUGAUACUCGUUACACGAGAGAUUGCUUUCGUAUGCUAUUGGAUAACGCUUUGACGUUUGAAAGAAUGGGACUGGGUUUGAAUCUCUGUGGAAAAAGCAUCAAUCACUGGGGUGUGGGUGCAUCCAGCUGAUGAGUCCAAAUUAGAACAAAACUUGUGUCCUGGACUCCACUGUCAGUCACCAAGAUGACUACAAAAAUGGGGUCAAUCCAGCCUUUCUGACAUUACUCAACUUAAGCUGUAGGCAAGUCAAUACAAUUUUGUUAUUCUGAAUCAAACAAAAGUUACUUGCUAAAGUUACAAUAUAUUUUGUUGUUAGUGUUUUGACUGAAGAUUUGUAGUCAUUAUCGGUUGGAAAUUGUUUCAUCUCCAAGAACUUAAAUCGUUUGAAAUAUUUUAUAAAAUAUGGUUAAAUAUGCAUUAGAUUAGGGGAUCAAAAUUUGUCACCUUGACUCACCAUUAACUCACUGGCCAACUGAUUGUUUGUACAUGUUCAAUAGUAGUUGUUAUAGCGCGCCAAGAAAAAGAAGAUAUGAAACAUUUGGUCAAUUAUAUAUAUUUAAGUCAACUAUUGGAUUUAUUUUGAAGUUACUUGACAGUAAUAUUUUUCAAUCAUUUUUAUAAGCUUUCUUUUGACUCUGAUUAUUGUCUCGUACUGUUUUGUUGAGAAGUAAUAGUCGUAUAAUGUUAAACUAAAUCCUUCAUUUUGUAGC